AUGUCUCUGACGAACGUCUAUCAUUUGCGCCGAGUCGCGGAUACCUCCGCAAGGGCAUGUUUAAUCUGCUACAAGCCGUCCACCAGCGUGAUGAUCACCCCUGACAACAAGGACUUCUUCUACGUGUGCCCCGCACAUCUCCAGGACCGCCACUUCUGCUCGCCCAUCGUCGAUGCCGAGGGCGAAGCAGCGCGUUUGAAAGAGCAGCAAAUGGCCGAAGAAAUUGAAAAGGUCAAAAAAGAGUAUGAGGAGAAACAAAAGCGGAAGAAGGAGCGCGAAAAGCAAUCUAGCAAGGAUGUAAAAGACAAGGAGAAGGACAAGAAGAAGGAUAAGGACGACUCCAAAGAUAAAGAUUCCGCCGAUUCUAAGACUAACGAUGAGAAGGAAAGAGAUGAGAAGGGGACAGAGCCGAAGCCUGAUAACGGUCCUCGAAUUUUUGCGCUACACAAGACGUUUUAUCAGAUGCGUAUUGAUCGACUUCGAGGCAUUGAGAUGGCCAAACGAAACCAGGGGCGAAUGAAGAAUCCUUCUCUCUUCCCCUCUGUCCCCACCAAGGAUCUCUAA